GGCCGCCGGAGCCUCGGCGUACCUCGAUGUCGCGCUCUCCAGGAGCUGACAAUGCCCAGCAUGCAACGGGGACAGCGUCUGGCCUUCAGCAACAUGGCUACCCCCAUGCACCGGCUGAUCGCUCGCAGGCAGGCGGAAGCAAAUAAGCAGAAUGUACGUUGUCAGAAGUGCCUAGAGAUUGGCCAUUGGAGCUAUGAAUGUACUGGGAAAAGAAAAUAUCUGUACAGACCUUCCAGAACAUCUGAGCUAAAGAGAACAUUGAAAGAGAAAGAAGCCAGAAUGCUUUUAGGUCAAAGCAGCAACACUAUAUCGGAAGCAAAGAUGAAGAAGAAAAGGCCUAAAAGUGUAACAAGCUCCAGUAGUGAAAGCUCAAGCAGCAACAGCUCAGACAGUGAUCCCUCUUCAGACAGCGAGGACAGCUCCAGCUCCUCUUCAUCCUCUGAGGACAGCUCUUCCAGUUCCUCCUCCUCAUCAGAGGACAGCUUCUCCGAGUCUGAAUCAGAGUCUGAGUCUGACUCAGAAACUUCCAGUAGCAGUGAUACAAGCUCCAGUAGCAGCAGUGAAGAAGACAGUAGCUCAGAUGAAGAGCCACUUAAGAAGAAAAGAAAGCUUUAGAUGACAGCCUUUGCCUCCAGUUUUUUUUUUCAAGGCAUCCACAUUGGAAUAACGUUAUUCUUGGAGUCUAUACUUUAAAGAAAUACAGUUUUGAUGGUGAACUUAAUGUCCUACCCUGUACAAGUUUUCAAACCUUAGAUUUUGUUACUGAAUGUUUAUUUCAAACUAGAAAUACUGCUUACAUCAUUUUCUAUUUUUCCUGUAUUUUACUCUCUAGAAGUAAUGGUGACUUUGUUUCCCUUUUGAAAGACCAAAUAUUUACCAUUCAAAACACACUAACAUAAUAUUCUCUGCACUCCAUUUGCUAUGUAGGGUAACGUAAAGAGGUUUUCCAAUUUUAAUCCAAAAAUACUUUCAGAUUAUAUGUAUGGCAUAUGUGUUGCAACUAUACUUUGCCAAAUGUGUGCCACCUGUGAAUCUGAAUGCUAUUUAGGGUUGCACAACUGGGCUUGGCUUCCGGAUGAUCAGAUAUGAUUCUCAUUCUGUUGGGCCAUGUCAGGAAUUCUAUUCCUAGGGACCUGUAGGCCAGUCGAGUUGCAAACUGUUUAAGUGGUGCCAAUUUAAGAAGGGCUGAAAACUCUGAUCUACAUUAUUAUUAGGUUACAGAAAGCAAUAUUUGUAACUGAAUGCUGCCAGAUAUAGGUAAACCACACUUUUCAUUUGGCUGUGUAGAGUUUGGGCAACAAGCAUGUCUGAUCAUAAGAAACAACAGUUUCACGAAAUGGAAUCUCUCUAUGCGACUGUUAAUCUAUUCCCUUUUCUAUGGAGCAUCAAUCAUCCAAAUUGGGUUAUUAUUGUUUUUGGUAGUGUGGAAGUCAUUUAAGGGCAGGUAGACAUCCUAUCCGCUCCAAUUCUUACUGAGACAUCUACUUGUUUUUGGCUAUUCUUAUGGUUAUCCAGAGAAAAAACUAUUUUGCUUUUGUAUUUCGGUGGUGUUCUCAAAGCCCAACUUCCAUAUUUUACUAAAUUAAUAAAUAAACUAACCGUCAUCAGCAUGUUUAAAGCUGAUAUAGUAGCUGCUGUUUUUAAUAGGGCACUUACCUGUCCAGGCAUCCAGCAGUGUUCUCACCUGAGCCAAUUCUUCAACUGGCUGUUUCAAUUGGAAGUGGGUAAGAGUACCUGUCAAAACCAGGUGCCUAUCCCCCCCCCAAAAAGGUGCCAAAUGCAGUGGUGGUGGGGUGGAGACAGACAAGCAGAGCUUCCACUUUUGGGUGGAGCUCUGCUUUAAAAGAAAUUUUAAAAAAAAGUACCCAACUUCUGGUGCUGUCCAUUGAGAUCUGUUGAUGGUGCGCUGCUCCUCUACUUGGUUGGUAAAGGCCAUCAUUCAAGACAUUUUUGUGAGCCCAGGACAUGAUGGACCCUCUCCCCUAUGGCACCACAUCAGUGUGUGGUGCUCCUUUCUGCAGCAUUAAGGAUCUGUCAGCUACCAAUGUAAGAAGAGGGCAUGUGACAUGAUCAGACCGACGCCUGAAUUAUUAUUAUUUUUUUAGUGAGGGGAGAGGGUACAGAAAAGAAAGGAGGUUGGGAGUGCAUCUGUGGGGGGGGGGGGGGAGACGUUUAAUGGGUAUUGUGAGCCCUCAGUUUGGUUUUAAGGAGGUUUUGCAUCGAAGUAUAGAUUAAAUUGAAAAACCACAAGUGUGCCUGAGAGCAGAAUCUGUAUGGUGUUAGUUUAUUCAUGCUAAAUAGUGGUUAUUGCACAAUGUAAAGAGACCAAAAAGGGAGAGCUGAAUACCUCUGUUACCCUCAUGGCCUAAAUGUGAGCCUUUUUCUUUUUUAAACUUCACAUUGCUUUUUGUGCUUUGUUUUUAAGCAGUGUUUCUUGCAUAUGGUACUGCUUAGACCAGUGGUUCUCAACCUGGGGGUCGAAUGACGAUUUGCCAGGGGUCCACUAAUCGAGGGCUGUUCCUGAAUCCUGCACCACUCUCCCAGCCUUUUUGUGGCUGCCCAGCUGGGCUGUCCCUGGAGCCCGCGGCUGCCCACUCGGCCUCAGCACAGCCGCCCAUUCAAUUCACGGCAUGGCUGGGGAGCAGAGACUGGAGGUCAGCUGACUGGUGAGUAAUGUGGGUGGGGUCCCUAUCGCCUUAUUUCAGCAUAUGUCUCUUUGCUGAGAGACACCACAAAGUCUAAGACACAGGAACACUACCUGU